AUGAACGGUGUUACGAAUUUGUUGAAAAAAAAUGCAUUGACACCUCCAAUUCCUCUAUACCGACGAUUGCUGCGAGCUCAUCGAACUAUGCUUGGUCCUCAAGAACGGGCUUUGGGUGAUGAAUAUGUAAAAGCAGAAUUUCGACGCCAUAGGGGUGUCACAAACCCGUUGCACCUAGUGGGCUUCUUGACGUCUUGGCAACGCUAUGCAGAAACGCUUGAAGUUGAUGCAUGGAAAAAAACCCAAGUUGACAAUAGAGACUUGCUGGAGUCAUUAAAUGAGCAACAGUUAGGACAGCUUUACGAGCUCUUGAGGGCUCUUCGCGAACAGACAGAUUCUGAAUCUGAUCCGUUGAAGAAGUAG